AUGCAUACAUUCACUUCCCUCGUCGCUGUGGCACUCUUUGCCCGUGUCCAGGGUCUAAGUGUAGCCGUGGACCGCACCGAGCAGUUAACAUCCCGUGACAUAGCGAAUCUCGGAGCCGUCUCGUUCGCAGACAGAACCGCCCCUGUCUCCCUCCCAAACUGCAAAGUCUUCCCAGGAGACGCAGCCUGGCCAGACGACAGCGAAUGGGCACAGCUCAACAAGACUCUCGGGGGCGCCCUGCUGAAACCUCUACCGCCUGCCUCGGUGUGCUACCGCACCUCGCCCAACUUCAACGCCGAAGCCUGCAGCUUCCUGCUCAACAACGCGAGCAGGACAACGUUUUACUUUGACGACCCCCUGAGCAUCCUGACCCAAUGGCCUCAAGGCAACACCUGCCUGCUCUCCCGCAAUCCGACGGGCAACUGCACCCAGGGCGGGUUCCCGGAGUAUGUGGUCAACGCCACGACCGUCAAGCAUGUCCAGGCGGCGGUCAACUUUGCGAGAAACAAGAAUAUCCGUCUGGUCAUCAAAAACACCGGCCAUGACUUCGUCGGCCGCAACACCGGCGCCGGCUCCCUCAGCAUCUGGACGCACUACCUCAAGGGAUUCGAAUUCCUCCCCAACUACAAGCAGCCCGGCGGUAACUACCGCGGCGCGGCUGCCCGGGUCGGCGCCGGACUGCAGAUCUGGGAGGCUUUUGCGCACGCUGACCGACACAACGUUACCCUCGUCGCCGGGUCGUGCCUGACGGUUGGGGCGUACGGCGGGUGGGUCACGGGAGGCGGCCACUCGCCGUUGAGCUCCAAGUUUGGCUUGGGAGUCGACCAGGUUCUUUCGAUGCAGGUUGUCACGGCUGAUGGGCGGUACGUGACGGUUGAUGCGCAAACGAACAGGGAUUUGUUCUUUGCCAUGCGGGGUGGGGGUGGGAGCACCUUCGGCGUCCUGAUCUCAGCCAUCGUCAAGGCACACCCCCAGAUCAACCUGACCAUCGCAAGCUUCGACUUCACCCUCGGCAGCACCCGGUCCCCAAGCCCCGGCCCCAGCGUUACCAUCACCGACACCGAAACCUUCUGGAAAGGCUUCAACGAGGUCUUCGCCUUUGGCAUCCCCACCGUUGACGCCGGCGGGUACCUCUGGACAAACGGCAUCCCCAACGGUGCCGGCAGCUACUCCAUGCAAGUCCAAGUCCAACUACCCGGCUUCACCCCCACCUCCGCAGCGACCUUUGUCCAGCCGCUCCUGACCACCCUCAACAACCUCGGGAUCCCAGUCGCCCUCUCCACCCCGCCAACAACCCGAGUAUACAGCCGCGCCACAGGCUCGACCGGCGGGUCCCCAGGCAACGGCUACUUCGCGUCCCGGCUGUUUCCGCGGCCGGCGUACGAAGACCCCACGCUCUUCGCCGCCGCCAUGCGCGCCGCCCGCGCGACCGUCGAGGCAGGGUAUACCUUCCACGGGCUGAACAUGGCGCCAACACUGGAAGUAGCCGGAUUCCCCGAGCCGGCGGGCGCAAAUCCCGUGUGGCGCACUGCUGUUAUGCACGCGGAUGUCUUUGCGCGGGUCAACAUGGGAAGUCUUACCCCGGCGGAAGCGGUUGCGGAGCAGCGGCGGCUGAAUGAGUUUAUGCAGCCGCUUAGGGCGGCUACUCCGGGGGGAGGGGCGUACUUUAAUGAAGCGGAUGUCAAUGAGCCGGAGUGGCAGCGGAGCUUUUUUGGGGAGAAUUAUAACGAGCUGGUUCGUGUUAAGAGGAGUCGGGAUCCGUGGGGUGUGUUUUGGGCGCCGACGACGCCGGGGAGCGAGGCGUGGGCGGUGCAGGACGGGAGUGAGCUGCCGACGCAGAACGGGCGGCUUUGUCGGGUUGCUUGA